UCCGUUUCCGACUCUGUGUUGCGUGGACGUGCACGUGUUUUAUUUCAGUGAAAGAAUAAAUACAAAACUUUUUACAAACAUAAUUGGAAGGAAAUAAAUAAUUUGAACUUAGACCAUAAAGAUGGUGGGAUCCCGAGUGUAUGUUGGUGGGCUGCCAUUCGGAGUGAGGGAGCGUGACCUGGAAAAGUUCUUCAAAGGUUUCGGCAGAAUCAGAGACAUUCUCAUAAAAAAUGGUUAUGGAUUUGUUGAAUUUGAAGACUAUAGGGAUGCAGAUGAUGCAGUCUAUGAACUGAAUGGGAAAGAGCUGCUUGGCGAAAGGGUCGUGGUGGAGCCGGCGCGAGGCAUCGACCGCAGCGCGGACCGGUACCGGCGCGACCGGUACUACGAGCGAGACCGCGGCCGGUCGCGAUACGAUGACUACAAUUACAGAUAUGGGCCGCCGACGCGGACGGAGUAUCGACUUAUCGUCGAAAACCUAUCCAGCCGCAUAAGCUGGCAGGACUUGAAAGAUUAUAUGCGUCAAGCUGGAGAAGUGACUUACGCUGAUGCGCAUAAGCAGCAUAGAAAUGAAGGUGUGGUAGAGUUUGCUACGCACUCCGACAUGCGUGCCGCGAUCGAGAAGCUCGACGGUACUGAGCUGAACGGGCGACGCAUACGCCUGGUGGAGGACCGCCGGUCGUCGCGGCGCCGCAGCCGCAGCGCGUCGUCUAGUCGCAGCCGUAGCCGCUCGCGCGAAAGACGCCGCUCCAGCAGGUCGCCGCGCGCGUCGCGCAGUCGCUCGCGCUCCAAGUCGCGCCCCAAGAGCAAGAGCCCCGCUGCCAAAUCUCGCUCCCGAUCGCGUUCCAAGGACCGCAGCCGCUCGCGCUCCGGGUCACGCAAGUCGGAACGUGCGUCCGCCGCGCGCAAGUCGCGCGACCGAUCGGCGUCGCACAAGUCGCCCGACCGCAACGGACGCCGCUCAGCGUCCAGAUCCGCCGCUAGAGACGACUCCAGACCGGCUACAAACAAGAGGGAGAGGUCUCGCUCGCGCAGCAAAGACGCGGGAUCGCCGAAGCGCGACGAGGGCCGCCAGCAGAGCAAGUCGCGGUCGCGCUCUCGUUCGCGUUCCGUGUCGCGCGACCGCUCCGGCUCCCGCGACAGGUCGCGCUCCGCGUCGCCGCGACAAAACGGCGACGGCAAGGAUAGGGACGGCGACCGCUCGCCUCGCAGUGGGGAUUAGAUGUAAACUAGAUUUAAUCGUAGAUUUAAGGCCCCGAAAACACAUCGUAGAAACUCACAUCACUUGUGUCCGGACUGGCACAUUAACGGCAUUGGUGAAUGCUAUAGUACUGAUAAAAUUUCUAGCAUCUUUCGCAUUUGCGAUGGGCUAUAACUCACCGGGAAGCCAAUACGACGUAGCCAGUGAUGUUACAACGUCCAAGCAACGUGUGGCGUCUGUACGUCGGUGUUUUUCUUUAAAGUUAGGUUUAAAAAUAACGCUUUGCAGCGACGUAGAGGUGACAUAGUAAUAAUGGCUACGUCGCAAUGGCGUCCCGGUGAGUUACAGCUCUAACAAAAGUAAUAUGCGCGUAUACCUCGAUAACACUUGUGUACCUACUCCAAAAUUGUUUUUUUUUUCAUUCUGCAAUUGUGCACAAUCUAGCAACUUUGCAUUUGUAGAAUGUAAAAAAUAUGUAAAUGGCGAUUAUGUAAUAUGACUAAUGUGUUGGUUACAAAGCAAAUAUUUUGUUAUGUUGCAUAAUCUUCUAAUUACGGCUUAUAAUGAGUGGUGAAACGCUCAUUGUUAGUGUUAUUUAUUGUAGUGUUGUUUCGUGUAAUUUUUUGGCAACAAUUGGAAUUUAGGUUGCGCACAAAAUGUUGAAAUCAAUUUCAUAUGAAAAAACAGUUCUAAACUCAUAAUGGACGAAGGGCUCCUCAUACAUUUUGUUCGCAUUUUUUAUAAAGAAGCCUUAAAGAAAACGUGUUGUCUAGGGUCUCCGGUUUAUGAUGUGUUUUCGACAAGUAGUAUAAUUUGUGAUCUCGUGAACACUGUCGACUUUCGACAACGCACUAAUUGUUGAUUUUCAUUUGAAAUAUUAAUUGUAAUAAUUUGGUUAGUGCAAAUAAUAUGAGAAAUACAACUUGUAUUUUCAGCAAAGUCAAAGCUAAACAUUGUGAAUUUAAUAUUUAUGAUAAAUACACGAGAUGGUUAUUUUUAAGGUAAAUACGUUUAGUAAUGAAUUGACACCUACUAUUAUACAUAGGUAUAAGGUAUUUUUUGUAAAUACUGUAUUAAGGCACCAAAUAAAAAUUAUUAUUAAAUUUAA